CCCAGCGCGCGCGGAAGUUAGUGUUGUGGUGUUCUGUGUGCAUGGCUGCGAUGCUUGGCUUUCUGGUGUUUCUGGUCGCUUUGACGACAGGGUUGGCUGAAGCCCAGUGUCCUGCCAGGUGUCUGUGUUUCCGUACGACAGUCAGAUGCAUGUUUCUGCAGCUGGACAGCGUUCCAGAGGUGCCCCCAGAGACAACGAUCCUGGACUUGAGGUUCAACAAGAUACGUGAGAUUCCAGCCAACGCGUUCAAGAACCUCAGACAACUGAACACACUAUUGCUGAACAAUAAUCACAUUACCCGGCUGCAGAAUGGGGUCUUCAACGGCCUUAGGGAGCUCAGAUAUCUGUACUUAUACAAGAAUCGCAUGAGGGAGAUGGAGAACAAGGUGUUCCAAGGGCUUACAAAGCUGGAGCAGCUAUACCUGCACUUUAAUGAACUCGUGGAUAUUCAGCCCGAUACGUUUUCUAAUUUGCCUUCAUUAGAGCGAUUAUACCUGCAUUUCAACAGGAUUGAAAAGUUAGGCCCAGGGGUGUUUAGCGAAUUAAGGAAUCUCGAACGACUAUUUCUUCAUAAUAAUAAACUUCAACGCAUUCCAGUAGGAGCUUUCAAGAACUUGGAAUCCUUGAAGCGCCUGAGACUAGACAGCAAUGCUCUGGUCUGUGACUGUGAGAUGAUGUGGUUGGUGCAGAUGCUGCAAGACAAGCUCCGAGGCACACACGCUGCAGCCACCUGCCAGUAUCCUGUCACCAUGCAGGGGAAGUCCCUCACUGCUAUGACAGAAACAGAUUUCCACUGCAAAAAGCCAAAGAUUACAGAAGACCCCCAUGAUGUGGAGGUGACGUUUGGUGGAACUGUCUUCUUCACAUGUAAGGCUGAAGGUGACCCAGUUCCAGAUAUUGUGUGGAUGAGAGACAGCAAUGAAAUCAACAUGGGUGACCCACGCUACUCAAAGCUGUCUGAUGGUACUUUGAUGAUUGAGAAUACAGCAGACUCUGAUGUUGGUGUGUAUGAGUGCAUGGCAAAGAGCCCUGCAGGUGAAGCCAAGUCUCGAGCUGCCAAGAUGCACUACCAGAAAACCAAAGAAAAGCCACACUUUCGUCGAACCCCACUAGACCAGGAAGUGGAACAGGGCUCAACUGUCAGACUGUACUGUGCAGCACUGGGGCAGCCACACCCAGACAUCACCUGGUCCCAUGAUGACAUUCCCAUUGUGCCAGGGGACAGACUACAGAUCUCAAGUGACAACACCCUCACAAUUUCCAAUGUUCAGAGGGAGGAUGCUGGAUCAUACAAAUGUUCUGCAGCCAACUUUGUGGGCCGAAUAACAUCUGUGGCUUAUGUUAAAGUGAAUGAAUCUGAGUCACUGUCAAAAGUUGUGCCAAGUUUCACUACGCACCCAGAGAACCUGACACUGAAGACUGGUGGUCUUGCUGAACUGAAGUGUGCAGCAGAUGGCAGCCCUGCUCCAAUCAUCACAUGGUUUAAGGAUGGCCGUAGUGUGGUUGCAGGAGGUCGCAUCUCUUUCUCAUCGACAGGGCAGCAGCUGUACAUACAACAUGUGAAGGAGUCGGACUCUGGGCUGUACACAUGUCGAGCCCAGAAUACUGUAGGGUUCAAGGAGACAAGCGCACAUCUUGUUGUCACUGGAGUCUAUCGAGACACCAGCACCCAGCACUUUGCUCAGAAGGAUGGGCCAGCUCCGAGACUGAUGAUCACACCCUACAACAUGGAUGCGCCAAGGGGAAGCACCAUUGAGAUACCAUGUAAGGCUGAAGGUAACCCUAAGCCAAGCAUUGUAUGGACCAAAGAUGGUGCUGCUCUGCCACUCACUAAGAAACACAGGAUUUCAUCUGUGGGAAGUUUAUACAUAUCCAAUAUCUCGCAAGAGGAUGCAGGCAUAUACGAAUGUUCCGCUGUCAAUAACAAUGGUCGUGCAAGAGCUCAGGGACAUUUAACAGUUAAAGAGGAACCUAUGAUGGGACCAGGUGACAGAUUUGUUCAUGUAUCAUUCCAAGAGGCCAGAAAAUCUGUGGACAAGGCUGUCAAUGACACGCUUACUAAGCUGUUUGGCCGUGAGCGAGGAGCUAAGAACUCAUCCCCUAACGAACUGUUCAGGCUGCUACGCUUCCCUAACGCUGAGGCUCGUGAUGUGGCAAGAGCAGCUGACAUUUAUGAGAGAACAUUAAUCAACAUUAGGAAACAUGUCGAAGCAGGCAUGAACAUAAACUUGACUACAGAUUUCUCAUACAAGGACCUCCUGUCUCCAUCACACUUGGAACUGGUGGCCAACCUCUCAGGCUGCAUGAUGCAUCGUCCACACACCAACUGCUCUGACAUGUGCUACCAUGGAAAGUAUCGCUCCAUUGAUGGAACUUGCAACAACUUGCAGCACCCCAUGUGGGGCGCAUCCCUCACAGGAUUCCGUAGGAUCCUGAAACCCAUCUAUGAGAAUGGCUUCAGCAUGCCAGUUGGUUGGAAGAAGACCAUGAAGUAUUAUGGGUUCCAUAAGCCGAGUGCACGGUUAGUGUCAACACGAAUCAUCAGUACCAAGGAAGUGACACCUGAUGACCGGCUGACCCACAUGGUGAUGCAAUGGGGACAGUUCCUAGAUCAUGAUCUGGAUCAUGCCAUCCCAUCGGUGAGCAGUGAGAGCUGGGAUGGUAUUGACUGCAAGAG